UACUCACUGUUAGUAAUGGGCAAGUUUUCUUUUUCUUCAUGCUUUUGCUUCUCAUCCUCUUCACCUUCUGCCUCUUCCACACAACCUUCUGAACAAGCUAUUGGUAGGCCUUGUACCCCUUCAUCGUCUUCACACAUUUCUCAGGAACCUUCCACUGCAUCUAAUGCUGAUUUUGACAACUUUCUCAAGAAAUUCAAUGAUAUAAGCCAGCUUCACGAACUCAUUCAUUUUAUCGAAGAUAAACUAUUGAAGAUCGUGCCGGAAGAGAAGAGUACAGAAGGAUCUAGUUCACGAUUAAGCUCUUAUUUCCAUGAUGGCCAUGCAUUACUACAGAUGGUAGAGGAAAAGCUUGGCAUACUUGGUAAAACGGUAAAAGUUUCCAUUUCAGAAAAUAUAAAAUCUACCGGUGACAACAUUGCUAAUUGAUUUAACUAUAU